AUGGAUUUCUUUUGGAAUGACCCAAGUAGGGGUGCUAGUAAUAAACAUACAGAUGCUUCCUCAUUUGUUCAACAAUCAAACACACCAAAGAUAAAACAUGGACUCAGUAAAGGUUAUCCAAGUUUACAAGAUCACCAAAAUGAUCAUUCUGCAGAGAAAAAGACUAAUGCUGAGCGGAGCAGUGCAGGUUCUCUAACGUCUUCUAUUUUCAAUGGUCCGCCUGGUUCUACUUCAACAGGUAUUCAGAAGAUGAUGACAGAUAGUCUUAUCGAAAAACUUAUCAAAAUGGCAUUACCGCCUUCUUCAGAAUUAGCCAUCGAAUCUAUUGAACAUAGAGUGGCAUCGAGUAAGGGAAGACCCGGCCUUUCUGUCCCAAUAAUGAGUCGAAAUUUUAUAGCCAUGAAUUCAAGACUUAGCAUACCUUUCAUCAUUAUCGAUGAAAUAAUCAAAAUUAUUAAUUGGACUAAUCCAUACUAUACAUUAUCAAUUUUAUUCCUAUACACUUUCCUGAUAUGUAAACCUGUCACAACCAUUUUCGUAACACCGAUAUUAUACAUCGUCUUUGGUAUUAUGGUUCCGCAAUACAUUUACCUGCAUACACCAGAUCCAAACCCACUUCUAUCAAAUAAUAUGACACCCUCACAAGGACCACCAUUAAGAAAAGUUGAAUUACCCAAACCAGUCCCUGAAUUAAGUCAAGAAUUUCUUUUAAAUUUAACAGACUUACAAAAUCACAUGGUAUUGUAUGUUUACUUAUAUGAUUUCAUUGAUUAUAUACUCUGCAAAUUUGCAUUCUUUAAAAAUGGACAAGUCUCAUCAUUUGCUUUUAUUGUUCUUUUGUCAAUUGGGAUUUUUAAUUUCCUUUUCAUUGAAAAUCUAUUUCAAUUCUUAUUACCAUUCAUUAAAUUAACAUUAGUACUCACUGGAUGGAUCAUUUCCGCUCAAUUACAUCCCACAAACAGAGAUAAAUUACUAAGUAAAUUAAAUUCAGAGGAGACAAGAUUGAAAAUAUUAUCUAUAUCAAAUAAAUACGAACAUAAGAUCAAUGAAUAUUUGAAAUUCGUAGAAGCUAGGGAAAAUAAAUUAGUAUAUAUUUACGAAAUUCAAAAAUAUAUUCCUAAACAUAAAGAAUGGCAUUUGAUUGGAUUCACCUCGGAUGAUUUUUCUUUGUUAUCUAAUUUAAGAAUCAAUGGUAUUAGGAUUGAGGAUGUUACAUUGAAAUCACUAGACGAUAUCAAGCCUCCUGUGGAAUGGGAAUGGCUGUCGAAUCGUAAGAAAAACCAUGCCUCUAAUUGGACAAUUGAUUUAAAUCCAGAAAAAUGGGUAGGAGAUAGAUAUAUCCAAUAUGUUGAAAUUGAUUCAGAAACUAAAUGGGUAUAUGAUGUGGAUUUGACUGGUGAAAGGGGUCAUUAUAGAAGAAGAAUGUGGACUAAUAUUUGUACACGUAAAACACGUUCAGAUGUAAAUACUAAUCCAAUGAAUGUUCAGCGUGGUACUGUUCGUACUGGAAAAUCACUUAUGAAUCAUAAAGAGAAUAGGAUGAGUGAUGUAAAUAGUUUUGAUACCGAUACGAUUGUGGAAGAAGUGGUCAAUCCAUUGAGAGGUCAUAUGAUAUAUCCUAAUCGUGUGAUACAGGGUGUCUCUAGAGGCUCCAUGUCUGGAUUUGCUCACCUAAAUAGUGAUUCAAGUCACAAAAAUAAUAAUAAUAAUAACAAUAAUAAUUCAAUUGAAACUGAUAAUGAUGAUAUGAAUGAAUCGGGCGAGCAAGGACCACCGUUAUAUGCGAAUGAUUCCGUAGGCCCGUUUGGUGAUUUUGCUGAUAUUUUGAAUUCCUCCCUAUGA